AUGAUGCCGCGAGAUAUUAUCAGAAACUAUUGUGGUGGUCCGCCUAUAUUUAAACCUACCACUACCAUCACACAAUCGACAACUCCUCCAACAUCUACUGUUUCUAAAACAACACCGACAACAAAUGGUGACAGUAUUGUACCAAAUAUUAUUCCUCCCUAUUCCAAUAUGGUCUUAUACGAUUUACAUCGUGCACAACAAUUGUAUGAUUAUGCUGCACGUUUAAGAUUUUCUGUACCACCUCAUACAUACAAUAAUUUUACUCAUCCACAAGCUGAUUUUACACAUGCAUUAUUAGCACUAAAUCGAAAUGAUCCACGUUUAAGAUUUGUGCGCGAAGAACCAAAACCAUCCUACUCAUAUAUUGGUUUAAUUGCUAUGGCCAUAUUAUCAUCACCAGAAAAAAAACUUGUACUUAGUGAUAUCUACCAAUGGAUAUUAGAUAAUUAUUCGUAUUUUCGACAAAGAGGUCCUGGUUGGCGAAAUUCAAUACGACAUAAUUUGUCACUCAAUGAUUGUUUUGUCAAAGCUGGUAGAAGUGCCAAUGGUAAAGGUCAUUACUGGGCUAUUCAUCCAGCAAAUGCUGAAGAUUUUUCAAACGGAGAUUUUCGUCGUCGUCGAGCACAACGUCGUGUAAGGAAAAGCAUGGGACUGGCGGUGCAAGAUGAAGAAGAAGAAGAAGAAGAUAUUAUGCAAACAAAUGGAGCAGAUAUUGUUUACAAUACACAUGAACACUCUCUACCAAAACUUGAUACUGAUGAUUUAUGUUUAUCCAAUCAUAAAGACAAUUCACUGUCAUCUACAACAUCCGCUCUUCUCAAUCGGUAUCUUGAUGAUAUGCAUCGAUCCGAUAUUAAUAAUCAUACACAAUUAUUUUUAACACCACCAUCUGCACUAGACAAUCAUUCAUUGACUACUCGUAUUCCUCCAUUUUUGUCAUCAACUCCCACAUCCUCUUCGGCCUCCUAUUACUUGAAUACGUUAUCACCAAUAAUACACAUUCAUCCAUCAAUGGCUAUGAAUUCACUAUUAGCCUCUUCAUCUUCAACAACAAUUCCAAGAAAUAGUCGUAAACGUUGUUUUGAUAUUGAUAAUUUACUUGCACCUGAACCAAAACGUUCCAAAUUAUCAGGACAAUCAGAUCAAUUAAUUAAAACGAGUAAAGACGAUGAAAAUGACUGCAGUUCUGUUAAGAAUAACAGUGAUGAACAUGAUGAAAAUUCUUAUAUUCAAAAUUUAAAAGAAGUCAACCCUAAUAAACAUACAAAUAAUGAUCAAAAUUCUCCCAUUCCAAGUCCAUAUUCUAUCAAUUCAAAAUCGGAUAGAUCACAUUCGACAGAUGAUAGUAGUGUAGAAACGGCAAAUACGGACACAAACGCUAACACAUACAGUAAUUUAACACCAUUAUCAUCACGAUAUAUUGAUUUUGUUGAAUUUUCUUGUAAAUCAUAA